UCCGUCGGCUGUGAUUAAGACGGCCCGGAGACGGCUCUCAUCGUUCUUCUGCUGGUUUGCCCACCGGCACCUCCUGAAGAUGAAUGAAUUUAAUUGCGAAAGUGCUGUGCUCCACCAGCGAAGCCGAGGAAAUCAAACCUCCGGGAGCUACCCCGCUGUGUGUGAGGGCUCCGAACGCACGUUGCUGGCCCGGUGCGAGCGCUGCUUGUUCCAGCAUCAGAAGCAAGAUCACAGCACGCCUGGCUCCACAUUCAAGGUCAGGCUGGAUGAGGCUCUGAGCAACCUGAUGUACUAUAGGGGUCCCUGUUCAUUGUGGGGGAGUUUACUGGAUGACCUGCAAGGAUCCCUUCCAGUUCAAAUGGCUCUAUGAUUCUGUGUCAAGUGUCAGUCAGUCCUAGCGUGGACCAAGGUGGAAGCGUGUCAUACAGCACAAGAGAUGAAGUUGACCAAGAAAAUAAAGAAAACCCUGAAAAACAUCUGUCUCUUUGCCACUGUUGGUGUCUGAUGCUGUGAUAUGAGCCUGGGGAGUCAGAGCAGUAGUUCACCUGGCCCUUGCUCUUGUGAAGUCAUGGACAUCUUGUUCGGAGAAGAAACAGAUCGGUUUCAGCUUGAGGAGCCCCAGUCUGCAGUGUCUGCUUCUUUUUCAAAUUCUGUGGGCUUCGGCAAAAAAGCAAAAGUGAAGAAGCAGCCCAUGCUAUUACACCUUUAAGCUUGUAUCAUGUUUCUAGUGUUAGAGCUCAGACUGUGGUUUGGAUCCUAAAGCUAAGCUGAAGGCUGGAAAUUGCAAAAAUUAGAAGAAAGCUAGAUGUAAUGAUAGGUGGUUAGCUCAUCCCAUGAAAGAUGUCUGCGCCUUAAAGCCGAGUUCUGAAAGAGCACAGUGUUCCUCUGGUUAUAUAUCCAGUGUGGUGCUGAAGUCAAAAGAUGUUCAGAAAAUCCAGAAGUGCCUUGAUGUGGAUUGAAGUUGUCACAUGACUCAGUGGGUCCUAACGGAAGAUCUGUUGAACUUACCCAAGCAGAUGCAAGCAACUUAGCAGGGCUUCCUCCAUGGGGGUGUUUUCUGUCAUCAGGUGCCCAGGGAAUGGCACAAGAAUUCCUCCAGGGCAAACUUUAUCUCUUUUGGUGCAAGAAGUAUUCAUCACCACCUGAAAAUGAGCAGGUAAGAAACCCAUGAAAUGUGUUCUUAUUACUCCAUUAAUUCAAGUGUCAGCACUUGUGGAAGCAUGCUAGUGAGAGGCCUUGCAGAUGUCCGCUCUGAUCAUGAGGUUGGGCUCAUCACAAUAAAAGAAGCCCAUGAUAUAGAAGCCAGACUUAAUGAAGUGGAAAAGCUUCUGAAGACUAUAAUAAACAUGCCAUGGAAGUAUUCAAGAUCUGAAGUAGUCCUCACAUUUUUUGAGAGAUCUCCUUUGGACCAAGUUCUAAAGAAUGACAAUGUCCAUAAAAUUCAGCCAAGCUUUCAAAGUCCAGUUAAAAUAUCAGAAAUCAUGCGAUCGAAUGGAUUUUGUUUAGCGAACACUGAAACAAUAGUCAUCGACCACAGUAUACCCAAUGGAAAAGAGAAGCACCUGGAUGUGGAUUCAGCAGAACACUUGUUUGAAAGUGUGAGUGACUUUACCUCAGAGCUAGAAGACAGUGAUGACCCAACAGCCUAUGUCACCAAUUUGACAUACUACCACCUGGUCCCAUUUGAGACUGAUAUUCUGGACUGAGACUGUUCAAUGCCACAGUCAGCCAGCAUCCAGCCAACCUCUUCGUCCAUAAGCUCUGCUAUCUCCAGCAUUGCAUCUCAGUGAAUAAGGCUGUGCAGGCAAGACCAACAGCUAAGAAGCUGCAGCAAGUACACCACAAAGCUUUGUAGUUUGGCCUUCUGUUGUGUCUUGCAGAGAUGCCUUGUAAGGAGGUAGCUGCUUCACUGUGAACAACAAACUCAUUUUCCAUGAAAACAAGGCAGCAGAGGCCUCCUGGAACUUGAGGAAAUCUCUGCAAUGUCUGUGGUAACUGCAGCUCUGAUACAGCCGCUGAACUCGUGCUGUGAUGUGCUAUCACCCAUGCUUCUUGGCUUGCAGUGCAAGUUGAGGCUUCCUCUUUUAGGAUACCACCAGAAAUUUCCCCAGAUGUCGUGCCCACUCUUUUUAUGCUGUGUAAGUGAGAAGGCAAGCAAACCAGCUGAAUUUUGUCAGUUCCCUCUGCAAUUGCUUAAUGGAUGCCUUGCAGGUCACUUCUUGCUCAGCUGCCGGAUGACUGGUGCCUUACAUGAGACGUCAGAAACACCAUUGAGUGCCUCUAGGAUACAGAACACCAGCUGACUGCUUUACUUCUUUUAAUCAUGGGUUUUUAUGUAAUCUCCAAAGAGAUGACUACUCUUUCCCUCUUUCCACGAGUAGUAAAGCAGACAGCAGCUGGCAUUGCAAUGGGCUACGCAUGAUGUUUAGGUACCUGAAUGAUGUCAGAGAUCUGGAAAGCUGAUGGGAAAGCUGAGCUGCCCUGCUAAGGGCAGUCAAGGCUACGACAGGCACUUGGAUAUGAAUUUUGUCACGUGGACCAGAAAAUGUGAAUGGUGCUUACAGUUGUUUACAUCAGAGAGAUAGUUCCCUAUGUAUGUUUCUCCCCAGAGCAUGGGGAGGAAGCCAAUGAGAUUGCAUGUUUGGACUGAAAAAGAACAAUAAGCUACAGCGUGCCUACAAUAGUAGGAAAAACACCCACUCCCUGGCCUGCCUGACUCAAAGGGUCUUUCUGGCUGUCUGAGAUACGCCUGCAGGACCGGGUGCAGGCUUUGUUGUCACAUGAAUGCAUUUGUGACAGUGGGAGCACAAGCAGGAUUGGAACCUGCAGCCUCUUGACUACUGAGUAGUGCAAGGUUAAAAUCUCUUUGGGUCUCUCUCUUGCAGAGUGCUAUGAUCUUCAAGCUCGCACGGUGAGAGCUCAGCACUCACUGUCGUGGCCUGUCGUUGAGCUUUUUGUGAUCUAAUUGCAAAUAUGAAAUUGAAGGGAUUGAAACGUGAAAGAGGACAUUUUGAACGUUUCCUUGUAGUGGGGCUUACAUUGUCCUGAAGAAGCUGGUACAACUCCCUUCCUUUGCAGACUUCUCAUUUCUAUCUGUAGAAUAACUGUCAAACAGCAUUUGCUAAUGUAAAUAAUAAAUUAUUUAGAAUCCUAAUUCUUUUACACAGUAUGUUUUUAAAAUAUAUUUUAAAUGAAAUAAAAUAUAACUCACCUUCAGUACACUUUC